AAAACUAAAAUGGUUGUAUUUUAUACAACAGUAUGGAUGUAAUAUGUGAUUUUAAAUAUGAUAGAUAAGUAAACACCAUAGCUUUUAAAAUAAUCAGAUUCUAUUAAAAGCGUAGAUUUUAUUUUCUACCCUUUUACCGGUAUGUGGACCGCUGAGGAGUAAUAAUUACACAAGCGGUGUUUGUAGGAACAAAUUCAGAAGUGACCUAGACAUUUUCUCCAAGCAGCACCCAUGAACAAUCUGAACGACCCCCCCAGGUGGAACAUCCGACCAGACAACAGGGGCAGGGAGGCAGGUGCUGGAGAUGGGAACCCAUGGAACUACGCUCUUCUGGUCCCCAUGUUGGGGCUGGCUGCAUUUCGUUGGAUCUGGACUAGAGAAUCCCAGCAGGAGAUCCAGAGAGUUAAAGACGAGUGCAACAAAGACGUUUCCACGGUAAAAAGUGAACUUGAAGCACGCUAUCAGGAGACACUGACAGAGAGGCGGAGAACGGCCGCCACGUUGGAGCUGGAGCUGGAGAAGGAGAAGCAGAAAGUGGAAGGCUACAGGCAGGCAUUUGUGUCACAGAGCCAACAGCUUGUAGUAGAACGAAAACAGCUGCAGCAGGAGCGAGAUGCAUUGAAUGAAGAGAAGCAAAGGUGGUUGACUUCUGGCGCCGCUGGUGCAGUUCUGCACGAAGCUCUAGAGAGGGAGAACAACUGGUAUAUGUAUGCCACAGCAACCCUGAAGGAACUGGAGAAUCAGCUGGUGGAGCGGCAGAAUGCUUAUUGCUCCUUCAUCCAACCUCGAGAUCAGCGGCUGGAGAUGGAGAAGAACAUGCUGCUCAUGGUUGUGAAGGACCCCGCUGUGGCAGGACUUGAUCUGGAGUCUGACCUCAAGCACAUUUUUAAGAGAGACAGUUACUGUGCAAACGCACUAAACACGGACAAGAGGAGGAACGGAAGCCUCAUGUGGGUGUAUCUGAAGUACUGGCACCUGCAGGUUGCUAUGCAGAGACACAAAAGAGCCGAGUCAGCGCUUUUAAAAGGGAAAAUCCAGCCCCACUCCAAAUGACGAAAGGCGUUUCAAAAUUCUCUUCAGAAAAGUUAUGAAUGUUCGCAGAUGACAAAUUUAAGAUGCAAUUUUUGUUCCAAUCAAAAAAGUAUGUUUUACAAAUGUUAUGCAAGAUUUAAAAAAGUAUUAUAAAAACACACGAGGCCUAAGCUAAGACACUAGCUUUAAUUUAAUGCAACUCAAGGUGAAGAUGAAAUUAUAUCCAACUUCAUAACUCCAUUUUUUUAGGAUAAAAUUAAAAUUGUGAGCCACCUAAAUAAAAAUAAAAGAGCAUUCUUGCAAUUACAAAUUGACAGAAUUUUCAUGUAUCUUUUUUCAAUUUUUGUUUUUCUAUAUACAAAUAUGCUAAACGGGUCUAGAAGAUGGUGGGAUGUGUGUAUUUAUAGAAAUAAGUUUAAAAAAGGAAAUGUAUGAAUUAUGUGGGAGAUGUUUUUUGAUAAAUGGGUUUAUCAAAACCUUUAAACUGUAUGGGAGAGAAAACUACAAAAGGUGCAUGAAUACAAAAUGUUGGGAUGAGAUGACAUCAGAAAAACUAUUAAAAAAAAACUGUUUCUGAUGCACAAUGUUGCACUGAUGCUCACUUGCCAUUAAAGGAUUUCCUUUUAUCA